AUUUCUUGCUGCACCACUGCCAAAGAAAUGUGGGACAAGCUAGAGGUCACAUAUGAAGGUACGGACCAAGUUCGGGAAGCCAAAAUUGACUUCCUAACGCAGGAGUACGAGAUGUUCAGGAUGAAGGAAGGAGAAAAGAUCGAUGACAUGUUCGAUCGGUUUUCAAAAAUCAUCAACGACCUUCACGCUCUCAAGAAGACGUACACCAACAGGGAUCUCGUGAGGAAAAUCCUGCGAAGCCUCACACCCGAAUGGAGAUCAAAGGCAGAUGCAAUUUAUGAAUCCAUCGGAGUCUCAAAUGUCACCAUCGACGGGCUAAGAGGUAAUCUCAAAACUUAUGAAUCUACUAUCCUAACCCCGUCUUUGGAUGAACAAAAGAAGAAAGGUAUAGCGCUGAAAGCAACCAAGGAGUCCGUGGAAGAUGACUCAAUCGAUGAUGACAACGAGUUCGGACUCGUCAUCAAGAAGUUCCACAAAUUCAUGAAGAAAGAAUUUAAAAGAAAAGGAAGAAAGCACGACGGGCCCUCUAAGUGCUAUGGCUGUGGCGAGAUAGGCCACAUCAAGCCGAGGUGUCCAAAAAGCAAAGGCGGCAAGGACAAACCUGGCUUCAAAAAGCAACGGGCGUACAUCUCUUGGGGAGGCGACUCCGGGGAUGAGUCAACGGAUCAGGAAGAGGAGGAAGCCGCCAACCUCUGCCUCAUGGCACACGAAGAUCAGACCGACGACGUUCAAGAGGUAUGUACCAUUUCUUACGACUCUUAUACUUUUGAAGAAAUGCAAGAAGCACUUCACGAGCUUUAUGAUGAAUUUGUUAGCGCUUCUAAAACCAACAAAUCUUUAAAGAAACGUCUUUCAACUCUUGAAAAUGAUUUUGACAAAUUGGAAAAAGAUAAUGAAAGGUUGAAACAAGAAAAUAAAUUUUAUGAUUCUUUAGAGAGAGUACACCUUGAAGACGAUGAAGAAGACACACCAUUAUACACCAACCCGCAACCACAAUCUGAGGAAACACCUCAAGUGAUGGUCGAAAAUGAGGACCAAGCAGACGGAGAAGAUCAAGAGGAAGCCCAGGAACAAGAGGAAACCGAGCUUCCCAUCGCUUGGAGAACGCACAGGAACCAUCCACUUGACCAG